AUGAAAGGAGUCCUGAUUUUUUCGCUACUACUAAUUGCUUUCGCAACUGCGAAAGAUGAAAAAAUAGAAGAGAAAACGAAUAAAGAAAAGCGCUCUUUUCAACCACAGAUAGUACCGGCCAUUUCUCUGGAUUCAGUCGCUGCAUUUAUCCAGAAAGGAUCGCCUAAUCUAUUUGCUCAAUACCCAGAAUUUAAUCAAUAUACUAACGAAUUCCCCAGAACUUCCUAUCACGACAGCUUCUCGCAACUACAAGGAGCCCAAGUAUACUCACAAGCGCAUCAUGCACCCAGUACUCAUCAAUACAGAUACAUUACUCAGAAAGUACCUGUAGCAGUACCGCAACCUGUACCCGUGGAGGUGAUCAGAAAAAUCGCUGUACCAACACCAUACCAUGUCCACGUACCAAAACCUUACGCCGUCCCUGUCAAAGUGGAAGUUCCGGUAGAAGUACCGAGACCCUACGAAGUCAAAGUGCCGCAUAGAGUACCGGUCGCUGUGCCUGAAAACGUUCGCAUAGAAAUCCCUAAACCUUACCCGGUUUACAAAAUUAAACACGUCAAGGUAGAAGUGGAAAAACCUGUAUUCAUCAAGGAAAAAUACGAAGUCAAAGUACCCGUACCGAAACCGUACUACGUUGAAGUACCGACAGCCGUGCCGGUUAAGGUUCCCCAGCAAAUUGUUCUGAAAGAACCCAGACUGGUCGAAACCACUGUUCAUACGAAAGCCCAAAACAAUUUGAUUGGAAGAACGUUAGAUUAUUCUGGAGUACAGCUUGGACAAGACGUAAGUUCUCGGGAAAUUGGAAAUACUUUUAGCCAAGAAGUAUCCUCGAAUGUCGAUGGACUUAACUUUGGACGCACUUUUGGACAAGUUGAAACUAAUUUCGGACAAGAAGGAAGGUCUGGAGUAUUCGGAGAUGAAGUCACCUCCAGUCAACUUGGAAAUGGAUUCGAUGAAGUUAAAACUGGGGUGGUUGAACAGGGGGUAACCUCAGGAGAACUUCUAAACGUUUUCGGCCAAAAUCUGAAUUCAGGAGUGGUUGAGCAAGGAGUAACAUAUGGAGGAACUGGACGAACGUUCGGACAGGAAGUAUCUUCUGAUUUGGUAGGACAUGGAGUAACUUCUGGAGAAAUCGGCAGAUCUUUCUCUACUAACGGGCAACAAUUCGGAGUAGUUGGACCCACAGUCAGAUAUGCAGUAAGAUCAGAAGUGGUUGGUCAAGGAGAAACUUAUGGAGAUAUCGGACAAGCAGUAACCUCAGAAGUUGUUGGUCAUGGAGAAACUUCUGGACGUACUUUUGGACAAAUAGGAAACACCUUUGGAACUGAAGUAGUUGAGCAAGGCGUGAAUUCUGGACAAAUUGGACGUACUUUUGAACAACACCAAGUCCAACAAAACAUUCCGACCUACUUCGAAUAUUUGAAACAGCACGAUUUAACCCCUAAGAAACUGUUGACUCAAUUCAAAGAAUCCACUGUCGAUGGCCACAUUGAAGAAAGAAGCGCAUUUUCCACGAACGAAGAAAAUUCAUCAAGCACCCAAAAAGUAGAAGAUGAUUCUACUUCUUCUACUCAACAACCAGAAUCAAACGAAACAAGUACCCACGGAAUCGAAGAGCAUACUUCAAAUCCUGUUGUUCCCGAUGAGAAAAAUAGUGAGAAUGAAAAAAAAGAGUAG